CGUGUGAAAGCCGGGGGAAGGGGGGCAGGGAGCACCCGGUGCCCGCGGGCUCGCAGGGAUGCUGCUCCAGGGCUGCCCGGACCUGGGAAUGUGGGAGGCUCUCCCUGCCCUUCUGCCCUCUGGGGCAAUGGGACACAUGCAUGGGAUCUUUUUUCCUCAUUGAAUUUUCCCUGAAUUUGCAUUAAAGCUGCAUCUGGUGUUGCCAGAGGAAUGUUUGGGCUUUCAAAAACUCAGGGGGAGGAGUUGUCCAGUGCCCUGUGGCACCUCUUUAAUAGGGUAUGAUGGAGAUGGACACACAUUUUCCGUAACAAUUUCCUCCAGGCAGACUAUGGAGUCUCCCUCAUUGAAGAUGUUUCUGUACUGUCUUGUCACGAUCCUGUGCUCUGGGAUGGCCGUGCUGAGCAGGGAGCUGGGACCAGGGGACCCCCAUGGUCCCUUCCAGCCUGACCCAUCUGGGAUUCUGAGGAUGACUGGACUGUGCAGCCCAGGACCUUUUCUCCCACAGAGACCACAGAUGGAAGUGCAGGGAAAAUCAGGAGAAUGUGGCUCCUUGCCCCAGUGCAGCCCAGACCCUUUUCUCCGGUGGGGAUGCCCAGCUGGAUGUUGUGCCAGGGCACCCUCCUGCUCUCUGGGAGGAGCUGAUGCCCUCAGCCAGGGCUCUGGUAUUGUCCCAAACUUUCCCAGUGCUCUCUCUGAUGUAUUUCCUAUUCCCAUACCAGCCUUUUUACUACAGCCGCUCUGGGAACCCAAACCGGCAAGUCCUGGAAGAACUUGUGGCUACCCUCAGUGGAACCAAAUACUCCUUGGCUUACUCCUCUGGUAUGGGAGCAAUUCUGAACAUCUGUCGCCUGCUGAAGGCGGGGGACAAAAUUAUCUGCACAAUUCAUGUCUAUGCAGGUGGGUACAGCACCCUGUGGUUUCAGUCUUCGUUGUUCAAGGGAUUAAACCUGUCUGGUUCUCAGAACUCUGAAUUUCCCAUAUUGGGCUCAUUAAUUGGCUCCCCAAUGUGGGAGAUGAGGAACAGAGAUUGCCUUGGGUGUCUUCCCACAUGUUCUAACUUUAUAAAUGCCAGGGCUGAGGAUGUGUUUGGCUUUGCUGAAUGCAAAGCUCCAACAUUUCUGUGGAAUUCUGCUCCCAUAGGCUUGGGAGCUGUGCCCUCCCCCUUUGACUGUUACAUGUGCACCCGCGGGAUCAAGACUCUGCCCAUCCGGAUGAAGCUGCACUUCCACAAUGCCCUGGCUGUGGCUGAAUACCUGGAAACUCAUCCCAGGGUGGAGAAGGUCAUUUACCCAGRGCUGCCUUCCCACCCCCAGCACAAGGUGUUCAAGAAGCAGAGUACAGGCUGUCCUGGGGUUGUCAGCUUCUACAUCAAAGGGAAUCAAGAAAAUGCCUUUGCCUUCCUCAAGAAACUGGAGGUAAAAUAAAGGCAAUAAAAUCAUCCUCAGAGGGAGCUGGAACUGCCCUGCUGAGGGGAGGGUGG